AUGCUAUGGUGGAAACAACUGGAGUGCGCGCAAGAGAACGCGGCCAUGUUCGAGAGGGAGGAGCAGAGGGAGUGCACGCUGACGCUGCCGCUGCCGACCAGGGAUCCUGUGCUGCAGGACAACCUGCUCAUCGCCAAUCUGGAGCAAGUGAAAACGCUGCAAGCGUCCCUCUUCCCUAUAUGCAACAAAGGCACAUUCAUAUCGAACUUCCUGCAGAACAACAUCAAAACCAACCAGCUGGAGGUAAACACGGACGCGAGAACUUUUCGCACGACCGCCAAGCUGAAGGAUCCCAGGGAUUUAUUCGCCCUUCCUAAGGAGCUAGAUUGUCCACAGCAGGCGGCGCGCUGGCCCUCCGAAUGUCAAGUGGUGGAAGAAAGGAUAAGGCACAUUACCUGGACAAGCGCAGCGCCAGAGCCGUAUUACGUGCCCACCGGGAAAGAACUUAGACCCCAGCCGGUUGGAGAGGAUGCCGGCACAGUCAUAUUCCAGUAUUACCCGAUGAGCGCCGUAAAUUAUUUCAGUCGCUCGACUGUCGGCGGCUCCAGGAUGUUCCUGUCGGCGUGCACGAGCUCGGGGGGCGACGACGAGUUGCGAUUCGAAUCCCGCUUCGAAAGCGGCAAUCUAGCGAAGGCCGUACGCAUCACGUCCGCCUAUUACGAGCUGCAGCUGCGCACCGAUCUCUACACGAACCGGCACAUGCAGUGGUUCUACUUCCGCGUGACGAACACGAAGAAACAAAUGAUGUACAGGUUUUCGAUCGUGAACCUAUCGAAGGCUGAGAGCUUAUAUAACGAGGGCAUGCGACCUUUGCUGUACUCGACGAAGGACGCUCAACUGCACUCGAUCGGUUGGAGGCGGUGUGGCGACAACAUAGCCUACUAUAAGAACGAUACCAUGUGCGAGGAAGAGGAGCAGUUCCCGAGCUACACGUUGACUUUCAACAUCGAGUUCCCGCACACGGACGACGCCGUGUACAUAGCCCACUGCUACCCGUACACGUACUCGGACCUGCAGGAGUAUCUGUCCAGGCUCCAGGCGCACCCCGUCAAAUCGACUUACUCGAAGCUGAGGCUGCUCUGCCGCACUUUGGCCGGGAACAACGUCUACUACCUCACCAUCACGGCGCCGCAAAGCCCCAAUGAAGUGGAGCAAAAAAAAAAGAAGGCGGUGAUCAUAACGGCGAGGGUGCACCCUGGCGAGACGCCGUCUUCGUGGAUGAUGAAGGGCUUCAUGGACUAUUUGACGGGUGAUACGAAUCAGGCGCGAGAGCUGAGGGAGAAAUUCAUAUUCAAAUUGGUGCCGAUGCUCAAUCCGGAUGGCGUAAUUGUCGGCAACAACCGCUGCUCGCUGACCGGAAAGGACCUGAAUAGGCAGUACAGGACGGUGAUAAGGGAGACCUACCCGCCGGUGUGGCACACCAAAGUGAUGAUACGGAGAUUGCAGGAGGAGUGCGGAGUGGCGAUGUACGUCGAUCUACAUGCACACUCGAGAAAGCACAACGUGUUCAUAUACGGAUGCGAAAGCCGCAGGAACUCAGACAGACGUCUGCAAGAGCAGGUGUUCCCUUUGAUGCUGCACAAAAACGCUGCCGACAAGUUCUCCUUUGAAAAUUGCAAGUUCCGGAUACAACGCAGCAAAGAGGGCACCGGCCGAGUGGUUGUGUGGAUGUUGGGAGUAUCCAACAGCUAUACAAUGGAAGCGUCGUUCGGUGGGACGGAACUUGGAAGCAGAAUGUCGACGCAUUUCUCCGUUCAAGAUUACGAAAGCCUUGGACGGACGUUUUGCGAGACGUUGCUUGAUUUUUACGACGAAGACCCGAGCAAAGAGAGAUUGCGGAGCAAAAUCGUCACCCGACUGCUCAAAGAGGGCUCAAAUGCCGACGAACCAACUAACAUAGAUUUAUCAGACUACUCUAGGUGUCUAUUAUCU